GCCCCUGGCGCGGUACGCACAGGGCGGCGCGGCCUGACGAGAGCAAGGCGGUGGGGCUCGCCGAUCGUUUCCUCGGUGGUAGCCCGGGCGGCGCGUACGUUGUGCGGGGAAACAUGGCGGACGCCGAAGUAAUUUUGCCAAAGAAGCAUAAGAAGAAGAAGGACCGGAAGUCAUUAGCAGCAGCAGAUGUAGCUGAAAUUCAACACAUCGAAGAUUUUCUUAUCAAACCAGAAUCCAAAGUGGCUCAGUUGGACACAUCUCAGUGGCCCCUGUUGUUGAAGAAUUUUGAUAAGCUAAAUGUAAGGACAACACACUAUACACCUCUUCCUUCUGGUUCAAAUCCUCUGAAGAGGGAGAUUGCAGACUAUAUCAGGACAGGUUUCAUUAACCUCGACAAACCCUCCAACCCCUCUUCCCAUGAAGUGGUAGCCUGGAUCCGACGAAUACUUCGGGUUGAGAAGACAGGACACAGUGGUACUCUGGAUCCCAAGGUGACUGGCUGUCUAAUCGUGUGCAUAGAACGAGCCACUCGCUUGGUAAAAUCACAGCAGAGUGCAGGCAAAGAGUAUGUUGGAAUUGUCCGGCUGCACAAUGCUAUUGAAGGGGGGACCCAGCUUUCUAGGGCCCUAGAAACUCUGACGGGUGCCCUCUUCCAGCGACCCCCACUGAUUGCUGCAGUAAAGAGGCAACUCCGAGUCCGGACCAUCUAUGAGAGCAAGAUGAUAGAGUAUGAUCCUGAAAGAAGAUUAGGAAUCUUUUGGGUGAGUUGUGAGGCUGGCACCUACAUUCGGACACUGUGCGUGCACCUUGGUUUGUUAUUGGGAGUUGGAGGUCAGAUGCAGGAACUUCGGAGGGUUCGUUCUGGAGUUAUGAGUGAAAAGGACCACAUGGUGACUAUGCAUGAUGUGCUAGAUGCUCAGUGGCUAUAUGAUAAUCACAAGGACGAGAGUUACCUGCGGCGAGUUAUUUACCCUUUGGAAAAGCUGCUGACAUCUCAUAAACGGCUGGUGAUGAAAGACAGUGCAGUGAAUGCCAUCUGCUAUGGAGCGAAGAUUAUGCUUCCAGGUGUUCUUCGAUAUGAAGAUGGCAUUGAAGUCAAUCAGGAGAUCGUGGUCAUCACCACUAAAGGGGAAGCCAUCUGUAUGGCUAUUGCAUUAAUGACCACAGCAGUAAUCUCUACCUGUGACCAUGGUAUAGUAGCUAAGAUCAAGAGAGUGAUCAUGGAGAGAGACACGUACCCACGGAAGUGGGGUUUAGGUCCAAAGGCAAGUCAGAAGAAGAUGAUGAUCAAGCAGGGCCUUCUGGAUAAGCACGGCAAGCCCACGGACAGCACACCUACUGCUUGGGUGCAGGAGUAUGUUGACUACAGUGCUUCUGCAAAGAAAGAAGGGGUUGCUGAAGCAGUAAAAGCCCCACAGGUAGUCGCUGAAGCAGUGAAAGCACCAAAGCGGAAGCGAGAGAGUGAGAGUGAGAACGAUGAGCUCUUUCCAGCUGUCCCACAACUGAGCAAGAAGGAAAAGAAGAAGAAUAAAAAGGAGAAAAAGGCCAAAGCUGCUGUAGAGAGUGGGGGCGAGCCGGGAGAUGUGAGUAAUGAUACCACCAAAAAGAAGAAGAAGAAAACAAAAGUGGUGGAAGUGGUUUCUGAGUAGUGAAAACUGCUUUAAGCACUUUUUUCCAGCUGGGAGGAGAAAUUAAAGCCUUAUUGAGAAACCAUCGAUCCUUUUGUCGCUGAGAGAAGGGAACAUCGGCCCAAUUCAGCUGCCACCUGAGCUGUUGCUGUUCCCUGGUGUGGUCAUCCCGGCUUGUCCUGUUUUAAGGAUGUGGGUGACGAAGGAGGCGGAUUUGGCUGCACACACUGCACUGAUUGCUGGGAAGCCUCAUAUGCAGCCCCAAUACUGCCCAGUAACCACAGCUGUUUUCUAGUCACCAUUUUAACAUCGUGGUCCUCUCCUAGUUUGCUCCCCCCCCCAACCCGUUUUUUAAAGUUUUAUUAUAAUUAAGCUGGCUCAAUGAAAUGAUCUAAGUCCUCAAUAAGUGAAAGAAAAGUAUAACUGAAAAAGGUUGUUCACUGGGGUAAUAUUCCUUAAUGUCAUAUGAUGGCAGUGGAUUUUUCUAGCUAGUAGUCCUUUGUGUGUUUAAAAUUGUGCACACACAGCAUUAUUCACCCGAAUCUACCUGGCUACUUGGAUUUUGCAACAGAAGUAAAAGCAUUCUGAUGCCCCUCUUGUUUAAACCCUCAUUUACUUUUAAAGGAUGAACUAGCUGUCUUUAAGAAGAAUGUUGUAAUUUUUACUUAUUAAAGUUUACUUAUUAAGUUUUGUAA